GGCUCCCAGGAGUGAGCGUCCCAGCUGCACGAUGGACCAGCCAGAGCCGCCCGCCCCCGCGCCCGAAGAAAACGAGGUGAAAUACGACAAGAACAACAACGAAGAGGACGAGGGGGAGCAGUUCGAUUUCGACAGCGGAGACGAGAUUCCAGAAGCGGAUCGGCCAGCCGCGGGCGCCCCGGCCGGUGGGGGCGGCGCGGAUGCCGCGUCUGGCUCAGGAGGUGAAAUCGGGAGGGGAAUGGACGCCGAGGCCCCGGUGGAAGGCCCGACGCUUGAGGUCCCGACACGGGUGAACCCCUACUCCGUCAUCGACAUCACGCCCUUCCAGGAGGAGCAGCCCCCGCCCGCCGACCCGGAUGCCGAGGAGGAGAGCGCCAGCCCGCCGGUGCCCAGCGGGUACUCGGUGCCCGUGCCCUGCGGCUACGCUGUGCCCUGCAACCUCCCGCUGCUCGUGCCGGCCUACUCCAGCCCCGUCGUCAUCCGCGCCGCAUCCCUGGAAGAGGAAGAGACACAGGAAGUAGCAGAAGACAGCCCAUUUAAUUCUUUAAGUUCUGAGGAUCCAGCAAACAGUGACGAGCGAGCGCCUAAGGAGGACAGUGCCCUCGCCCGGUGGGCGGCGGACCCGGCCAACACCGCGUGGAUGGAGAAUCCAGAAGAAGCCAUUUAUGACGACGUGCCAAGAGAAAAUUCAGACUCUGAACCAGAUGAAAUGAUUUAUGACGACGUCGAGAAUGGAGAUGAAGGUGGAAACAGCUCUUUGGAAUACGGAUGGAGCUCCAGUGAAUUUGAGAGUUACGAGGAGCAGAGUGACUCCGAGUGCAAGAAUGGGGUCCCCAGGUCCUUCCUGCGCAGCAACCACAGGAAGCAACUUUCCCAUGACCUAACCCGUCUCAAGGAGCACUAUGAGAGAACGAUGAGAGCUUUGAUGGCAAGCACGGUGGCAGCCACAGAGAUUCAGCAAGUAAAGCAGAAACAUGAACUGAAGAUGCAGAAACUGAUGAAGGCUGCGAAGGAGGGCACUAAAGACGGGCUUGAGAAGACCAAGGCUGCCGUGAAGAGAGGCCGCUCUCUCAUUAGGACCAAGUCCUUCAUGGCUCCAGAUCACAGAUCUUGUCUCGAAGAGGAGCAGAAUCUGUUUAUCGACGUGGACUGCAGGCACCCGGAGGCCAUCCUGACGCCGAUGCCCGAGGGUCUGUCUCAGCAGCAGGUGGUAAGAAGAUACAUCCUGGGUUCAGUUGUGGACAGUGAGAAAAACUACGUGGAUGCUCUCAAGAGGAUUCUGGAGCGCUACGAGAAGCCACUGUCGGAGAUGGAACCGAAGAUCCUGAGUGAGAGGAAGCUGAAGACGGUGUUCUACCGGGUCAAAGAGCUGCUGCAGUGCCACGGCAUGUUCCAGAUCGCGCUGGCCAGCCGCGUGGCCGAGUGGGACUCCGUGGAGACCAUCGGGGACGUCUUCGUGGCUUCGUUUUCCAAAUCCAUGGUGCUGGACGCCUACAGUGAGUAUGUGAAUAAUUUCAGCACAGCCGUGGCAAUCCUCAAGAAAACGUGUGCCACGAAACCUGCUUUCCUUGAGUUUCUAAAGCAGUGCCAGGAAAGCAACCCCGACCGCAUCACACUCUACAGCCUGAUGAUGAAGCCCAUACAGAGGUUCCCGCAGUUCAUCCUCCUGCUGCAGGACAUGCUGAAGAACACGUCCAAAGGGCACCCUGACCGGCUGCCCCUUCAGAUGGCGCUGACGGAGCUGGAGACGUUGGCGGAGAAGCUCAACGAGAGGAAGAGGGACGCUGACCAGCGCUGUGAGAUCAAGCACGUGGCCAAAGCCAUAAACGAGCGAUACCUGAACAAGCUUCUCAGCAGUGGGAAUCGGUACCUCGUGCGGUCUGACGAUAUGAUCGAAACCGUGUACAACGACAGAGGGGAGAUCAUGAAAACCAAGGAGCGUCGGAUCUUCAUGCUGAGUGAUGUGUUGGUGUGUGCCACGGUCAGCACACGCACCUCGGACAGCAGCACGAUGUCCACCAGCCAAAGGUAUUUGUUAAAGUGGAGUGUUCCUCUCGGACACGUAGAAGUAAUAGAGUACGGCAAUAAUGAAGGUGCUGGAGAAAACAGGUGUCCCCCGGUGUACCCACCUGAGAGCCUGGCGGUCGUUGCCAACGCUAAGCCAAACCAGGUGUACGUGGGGCCGGGACAGCUGUACCAGGAUCUGCAGAACCUCCUACAUGACCUGAACGUCAUCGGUCAGAUUUCCCAGCUGAUCGGUAACCUCAAGGGGAACUAUCAGAACCUAAACCAGUCAGUAGCCCACGACUGGACGUCAGGUUUACAAAGGCUCAUCUUGAAGAAAGAAGAGGAGAUCAGGGCUGCGGACUGCUGCAGACUCCAGUUACAGCUUCCCGGGAAGCAGGACAAGUCCGGGCGGCCCACGUUCUUCACGGCUGUGUUCAAUACGUUCACGCCUGCCAUCAAAGAGUCCUGGACCAACAACUUGAAGAUGGCCAAGCUCGCCCUGGGUAAGACUGGGCUGAUGGGAGCUAAGCCACCCCUGCCUCAGAUUGGAAGCUGCACCAGUCAGAUGGGCCAGAUCGCCAUCGUCUCCUUUCAAAGCUCCAGCCCCAAAGUCAUCGAGUGCUUCAACGUGGAGUCUCGGACGCUGUGCAUGGUGUUCAUCCCUGCGGAGCCCGGGGCCGCGGCCGGGAGGGCGCCGGGCGUGCCCACCAUCUGCCUGGGCACUGAGGAGGGGAGCAUCUCCAUUUACAAGAGCAGCCAAGGCUCCAAGAAGGUGCGUCUGCAGCACUUCUUUACCCCGGACAAGUCCACGGUCAUGAGCCUUGCCUGCGCGGCCCAGAGCCUGUAUGCCGGCCUGGUCAACGGGGCUGUGGCCGUCUACCAGAAGGCGGAAGAUGGGUCCUGGAGUCCCGAACCUCAGACAGUGAUAAAACUAGGCGUGCUACCAGUUAGAAGUCUCGUAAUGACGGAGGACACGUUAUGGGCAGCUUCGGGAGGUCAAGUUUUUACGAUCAGCGCCGAGACCCACACAAUAGAGAAUCAGCUGGACGCCCACCAGGAAGAAGGCAUGGUGGUCUCUCACAUGGUCGUCGCUGGCGUGGGGAUCUGGAUCGCCUUCACCUCUGGGUCCACGCUCCGCCUCUUCCACACGGAGACGCUCAAGCAUCUGCAGGACAUCAACAUAGCCACGCCUGUGCACCAUAUGCUGCCAGGGCACCAGCGCCUGUCAGUGACCAGCCUGCUCGUCUGCCAUGGCCUGCUCAUGGUCGGCACCAGCCUGGGCUUCGUGGUGGCCCUGCCCGUGCCUCGUCUGCAGGGGAUCCCCAAAGUGACCGGAAGAGGCAUGGUCUCCUACCACGCACACAACGGGCCCGUCAAGUUCCUGGUCAUGGCCACCGCUGCCCUCAAAACAGACAAGGACAAGCCCUCGGGCAGCCCGCCACCCGGCGCAGACCCCCAGGACGGAGACCAGAAGGAUGUGUUGCCGGGCGAGGGGCCGGGCCCCGGCCUGAGUCAGAGCAGCCCAGACGCCGUCUGGCUGGGGGGCUCGCUGGGCUCCGUGACCCACAGAAGCAAUUUCUCCUCGUCGUCCGGGUCCCUGACCCCGUCGCAGGGCUCGGGCUCCCUGGAGCCCAGAGCGGAGGAGAGCGUCGUCUACGACCUCCUGCGGCUCCCCAGCAUGUUGCCGAGCAGAGGGCGGCGGGUCAGGAGGGCGAAAGCCAGCUCGGUGCUGGUGGUGUGUGGGGGCCAGGGCCACCGGCGGGUGAGCAGGAAGGCCCGGCCACAGCGCCCCGAGGAGCUGGCCGCCUCCAUCAUGGUCUGGCAGAUCCCCCUGCUGAACGCGUGAGUCCGCGGCCCAUCUGGGUGGCCGCGUCCUUGCGGCCAAGCCGGGCGACCCGAGGGCUGUAGCCGUGUCUACACUGGUUGAGGGUAAAUCAUGUCUUGGGGGAAGAAAUGUGCAAUACCGUCGCGGUGGUGUUUUCCGGAGCGGAAGCCAGCACAGACGCCCGUGAGGGGACAGAGGACCAGGCCGGGUUGCAGCCGUGUUGGCGUCCGGGGGUGACCGCGUGCUUCACGAGCGCGGCAGACCACGUGGAAACACAGACGCUCCGCGCCCACUCGCGGGCCCUGCUGCUUAGAGAGUUCGCGGACUCAGAACUUAUGGGGAAAUACAGCUUAUUCCGUCGUAGAGAAACUUAUUAACAAUUCCUAGAGUAACCUUACUCGAUUCAGAGUCUCUCCUUUUAUUUAUAUUGUAUAUCUUUAAAUUCCAGCACAGAGUCCGUAACGCUGAAGAGAGCCAGCUAACGUCCCCCGCCCCGUCCAGGUGGUGGUAUUUGCUUUCUGAAGUGAAGUGGGUUUUCCAAAGCGGCAUAAUGUGUGUGUUGUGUAUUUUAACAAAGUAGUAUUUUUGUACUGCCUUUUUUUCUAUUAAAGAUUAACAGUUAAUGUUUUAGUC